AGGUUAUUUAUACGAGAGAACUCGAGAGAGAAAUAGAGCCUCUUUUUAACCGACUAGCUCCAAGCGACCCAAAAACAACCGACAUAAAUAGAAAAAAAGAGGGUCUUAUGUCGGUUGAAGGCGGUGCAAUGGCAGAGUGAUGAUGAUGCGGCUGAAGAACAAGAGAAGAAAUGGAGAGAAACCACAGCACAUCAUCAUUCACAUAUCUCAGCAGAUUUAUUCAAGAAAAAAAAGAUAAAGACAGAAAGACAACAAGGCAUUCGCUGGGCAUUUUUGCAUAUUUUGAUUUGGUGGCAUAGGAAUAUCAGCCCAACACACAAAAACAACAAUGGUUCAUUUGCAGCUUGAAAUUGGAAGCUUAUGGUUAUAGCACCAAGCACCUCGAACCCCAUAGCCACAUACAACCACCAGAACCCAAGCAGAAGCGAAUUGGGCUUUUUGAGGGCGCCAAAUGUCAGCCUUGGUGGCUCGCACUGGCCGCCAUCAGCAGCGGUACGAGGGCGGUCACCGCCUCAUUGCCGGGUGCAUUCCCUUCAAGUAUACAAAUCUUGUUGAAAAUAGUGAUGGGACACAUGAGAAGGUUGUCGAAGUUCUAAUGAUCAACUCAACUAGUGGACCUGGGCUUGUCUUUCCGAAGGGUGGAUGGGAAAAUGAUGAAACCGUUGUGGAAGCAGCAAUACGUGAAGCUGUAGAAGAAGCUGGAGUACGAGGGGAUAUAAUGCAUUUUUUGGGGCACUAUUUUUUUAAAAGCAAGACUCUGCAAGACGAGUUGAGUCCCGAAGGUUUGUGCAAAGCUGCCAUGUUCCCUUUGCUUGUGAAGGAAGAGCUCCAGUUUUGGCCAGAACAGAAUACUCGUCAAAGAAGUUGGCUUACAAUUCCUGAAGCUAUAGGACUUUGCAGGCAUCAAUGGAUGAAAGAGGCCCUUGAGGCCUUCUCAAGGUGGUAUGCAGAUCAUAUGCUGAGCAACCCAAAGAAAGAGAACCAUGGUUCAGAAACUUAGAGGCAUACCCCAAAGCUUUGACGGCCACCUUAGAGAAACAAGUCGGAGGAGCUAAUACAAGCUCAACUAGCAAAUGUACAUGUCCUACUAACAUGCUAAAAAAGAGAUUGGAAACCAGCUAGCAGUUUGGUGUGAUAGUGAGUAAGAAUUUUCGCAUUUGACUCGGUUUCUACUUAAUCUUGUUUUAGGGAUUCUACCUCUCUUUGUUUCCUUCCUGCCCACCUUCUUUGUGGCCUAUUUUUGCUUUGUUGGGUAUCUCCCCCCUUUUGGCAUCAUCUCCUGAAUUUAUCCCAAAGUGACAUGGCAUCCUCCCAUGCUGUGUUGGAUCCAGGUCAAUAUGGACGGUUCUUGGGAGCACUUGGGGGUGGGUUUUGGUGAACUCAUCAAGACCAUGCUGGUUUUGUUUUGGGUGCUUUUGCUCGAAUUUGCCAAGCUCUGUGGCUGUUGAGGUCCCUACCCGUGAUUGAGGCAGUUCGGGUUGCUUAGAUCCGGGAGUGGCACAAUAUUUGGUUAGAGACUUAUUCUGCAUUGCUUGUGGCAUAUAGAUUCUGUGUUCUCUUAUAUCUAUCGCGAGGGUAAUAGAGUGGUUGAUGCGUUUGUU